GUGAUGUCCUGUUUGGGGUCACUUGUGAUUUGUUCAUUGCUGCUAUUCUGCAAAGGAUGCAGGGUGAACGCGCGAGCGCUGUGGAGGACGAUGUGUGUGAAGUUUUGGGAAAGCUGUAUGCGAUGGAGGCUUCACCACAUCCGAGGAGAGGCUGGGAGAGGACAGUGGCGGCCAUCGGUAAAUGUUUGAAGAGGCAAGCGACGUUGCCAAGCAAGCCCGGUGGUGGCCAUUGGACAAAGGAGGAGCAGUUGGACAAGGGAGUGUUUUUGCCAAAGCAGCAUUGCCCUUUUGAAGGCUGUUCGUGGAGAGGGCAGGUGGCGGAUGAGACCUUGGAUCAUGUGGCGGAGGCACAUUACACCCCUGAAGUGGCCGAGGCAGUUCAAGCUUUAGGUGCCGUGGCAUUUAAGGCUGCGUUGCAUACGGUCUUGAAUGCAGCAGUCAGUUGGUCAUGCAAGCAGGGAGUUCCAGUGGUAUCCAUUGCUCAGGACCGGCGCGCGCUGAGGGUCUUCCAUGAAAGUGUAACUCAUGCAGACUUACAAGCCCUGAUUUGCUUCUGUUGCGGCUGUGUGCACCCGCAUUUGCCCGGAGAGCCGAGGCAGAAAAUUAGCUGGAAGCAAGCUGGGAAGCCUGUGCCUGGCAAGGAGGAGGUGUUUGAAACUUUUUUGGGGCUGAGCCCGCAGCAAAUAGAGGAGUUUUUCGGGAUGGAGACAUUCUUGAGGAGGUUUGGCAGUUGUGGCCCUGGGUUUCCGAACCUGCAGGAGGUGGUGUGGCAGAGGGAGUUGGAAGAUUGGCAGUGCAUUGUACCGUUCGAGAUCGGGGAUGUGCGGAUCUUGUGCAAUCCAGAAGAUCGGCGGUGUCAGUUGGAACAUGCUGCAGAUAUAUGCUCGCAGUGUGAGGUUCCGAUAUGUUGUUCCUGCCAGAAGGCAUUGCAGAAACGAUCUCCGGAGAUGCCUGUUAGGGCUUUGAGCAACAACCUUUGGACCGGCUUUGCAGCACCUAUGCUGGCAGUGGAGGACGUGAGCUACUUGGAAGCGGUCUUGGCUUCUCCUUGCAUGCUUUCCCUUGUUUGCUUCUCAUUGGAGGUAAAGCAUGGCAACGUGAUGUUGGAAAAAGCGCAGCAUCAGAGGAUGGAAAGUGUGAUGCAAAGGGCCCUGGAGCUUCCGGAAGAUGGUGUUUUGGAGGAGUUGGUGGCGUUGGCGCGCCAAAGUCAGUCUGAUAUGGAAAACCUGCAGGCAGCGAAGCAUGGCACGCCUCCGCUUGGUGAGCGCGAGAAGGCUCGUGCGUUUGAAGGGGUGCGUCCCUCGGCGGAUGUGGCUGCAGCUGUUCGGGGAGAAGAGAUGCACGUAUUCACUGGCAGUGAGAUGGUGGAUCAGUUCACCAGCGACUUCUUUUGCCAGGCAUUUCCUUUCGUCUUCAAGGGGCAGUUGGCCAUGCCGGACAUGGAGAGGCAGCCCAGGCGACGGGCAGUUGCCGUGGAGUUGGCAGAGUUCACGGAGCUAAUGGGGCAGCGGGUGGAACAUCAGUUUGGUGGAGAUUGGUGCUUUUCGUAUGUUCGAUGGAAUUACUGGUUCAGGCAACAGCUGCAUCGUGCAAGAGGGCUGUCCCUACGGCGUAUAGGCCUAUCCCAGGAGGCUUUGCGAUUGCUGCAGGAGGCGAGACACAUCAUGGGGAAGCUGCAUGGCACAAGUGGUGUGAGGACUUUGAUGAGGUAUCGGGCCAAGGCUAUGCAAGUUGCGUAUGGUGCACCCGUGUUUGUGACGUUGAGUCCAGCAGAAAAGCAUAACUACUUGAUGCUUCGCCUAGCAAGGUGGCGCCGAACAGACCCAGCGGUAGUGCAAGAUCCUUCGCUGCAGAAAGUGAGUGGCAGGCCGUUUGCAGCCAGGAGGUGCCUUUGGGCGGUCAUUGAAAGUUUGCAGCAAGUGGCCACGCUGGAGGAACUUGGCCAGAGGAUUGUGGCGGAGGGCGAGGCAGUGGUGGAGGCGUUUUGUUUCAAGCAGCAUGUUUGCAUGCAAGAGCAUGCGAUGCCCAGCAGAUGGGAUGAAGGUGAGAGGGCCCGCGUGGAGGAGGCUUGGCCUGAUUACAGUGAGAGGGAAGAUCUGUUGUUGUUGCCUCAGUUUUUUGGAGAUGCCGUGGAGGAAUGGGGCCUGACGGAGGAAGAGAUGGUGUCUGAAGGGGAAGUCUGGAAGCAGAAGUACAGAGGGGAUGUGCAGGAGGUGCAGAUGACGCGGCAACAUCAUAUCCACCCAAAAGAUAAGAAGGGGGAAAGGCAGCCUCUGGCUGGGUGCAGGAAAAGUGAGAACAAGAGCCAGUGUCGUGCAGGGUAUCCUAUGGACAGUCAAGUGACGUCGGAGGGCAUGGUAGUGUGCCCGGGAGUAGCGGAAAAAUUUGGCUUGGCUUUGACUGGAAGGCGGAACUCACUAGGUAGCUUGUUUGGACCACGAAGCUGUCCGUGGCUGAAUGGCAGUCAUCCGGCAUUGCUAGCUGCUGGCAGACACAACUCGGAUGUGCAGUUGAGUUGCAGGUUGCCGCUUUGCAAACAGAGCCACUGGAGUCUCUGCAGUAAGCAAUGUGUGGAGCAGGUGAGCAGGAGACAUGCCCAACGGAUUGUGGCCGACUGCUUCGUUCGGGGCAUCGUGCGAGGGGCCGUCGAAACAGAGAACCUCAACAUGCAUGCUGUGGCGACGCAGUGGGACCCUUGUGCGGCUGAAUGCAUGCAAACUUUUCGGACAGCGGUGUUGCCUGGAGCGGCGCUGUUGGAGGUCAUAGAGCGCGCCUCAGAGGGCAAGUCUUUGAGAGGCAUGAAGGGCAAUCUGCAAGUGGUGCAAGGUGAAGUGGUGCUGCGGGACUUGGCCCUUCUGUAUGGUUUGAGAGGAAGUGAGGUAGCUGUGGCUUAUUUAAGCCCGUAUGAAUUUGUGCGUUACUGGGAAGUGAAGUUGGUAGCAGUUGUUGGCCAGGAGCCUGGGCGAUGGAGGAGGGUGGUGCGUUUCCCCGAGUCUGUAGAGUUUCCAGAGUUGAGCAGGAUGUGGUGCAUGGUUGAAAGAUUGCAUCCCGUGGCGCCUGAAUUCAGAGGGUGUCCAGUAGGACGGCCAGGAGCGAUGACGCCAGAAGGACGAGCGCAGCUGCUGUUGGUGUAUUUUACGCCUUGGGUGCUGGACGGGAGCAUGGAGAGGCCGCCGCAUGUGGUGCACGCGCAGCAGUUGCAGGCAGCAGGAGACGAUGGGCAGAGAAAGUCGUGGCAGGAGGGUUUGAAUGCUUACCUGAAGAGAGGUGGAGAGGAUGAAAGUGACGAUGGGGAGCAGGAUGUUGAGCUCCAGCCGUCGGAGGCAAUCUUGGAGAUGGUCUUACCUACGAAGAUUGGAGGGGAUCCGCGAAGAAGGGCUGGUUUGACGCACUUUGAGAACAGCUCUCAGGCCUUUGAGCGAGUGCAUGUGCUAUGGCCGGAAAGUGCAACAACUUUUGGAGUCCAUGACAGCAUAAGGCAGCACCGGUGGAAAGACUGCAGUGGAUUGUUGAGCAGUGUGAAGAAGUUGGGCAAGAACAAGCGAAAGAGGGAGACAGGGGAGGGCAGAGAGGAAGUAGAGGCGCGAGAGGAGAGGACGGCAAAGAAGAGCAAGAGCCCGCCCUUGAUGCUGUUAGUGCACGGCGGGCCAGGCACGGGCAAGUCCGCCGUGAUUUUUGCGUUGAAAAAGUUUUACGUCGAUGUGAUGAAGUUCGAGAUUGGGCACGAGCUUUUGAUUGGAUCCCUGCAAGCGUCUGUCGCAGCCAUGCUUGGUGGUGAGACACUGCACCACAUUGCCGGCAUCAAUCCAUAUCACUCGCAAGGUUCAGGUUCAGACAUGAGUCAGGAAGUGAAGCAGAAGGAGGUCAGUAGGAGGCUGGCAUUUGCGCGCCACUUGGUCAUAGAUGAAGUUUUUAUGCUUAGUGCGGGGUUCUUUGCAGAAGCGGAGGCGCAUAUCAGAGCAAAGGUGCCGCAGAAUAGCCUGGAGUUAUUGUGGGGGCAAGGCGUGGAGUUGAUCGAAUUUCUGGAAGUCUACCGGUGCAAGGACCCUUGGUGGCAGCAGGUCUUGGAGGAGUUCCGUGUCAUGGAUGUUACGGCGAACACUCAUGCGUUCUUGCAUGGUUUGGAGACGACAGUGCCGGGAUCUUAUUUGAAGGGGCAGCUUCUCUGUGGGAAUAUGAAUUGCAGGGACUUGGAACAGAAGUGGCAAUUGCUCAAGCAGAAAGGUGCAUCCUGGGAACAAUGCCGAAGCUUGGAAUGUGCAGUGUGCUCGCUGGAACGUCAGAGUCGGUGCAGAGUCUUGCAGGAGAGGGCCCCUAGUGCGUACGUGUUGGGGGACGCUCCUGUGGAUGCAGCACUGGCGCUGGAAGGCUUCAAGGAGGCUCCGUGUAUAGUGCCAAACAAUGACACACGCACUGAGAUCAACAAGGCGCGCAGUCUGCGCUUCGCGGCAGAGAGAGAGGAACAACUGCAAUGGUGUAUGGCGGAAGACAUCAUUUCAGCAAAAGCUUUGCAGAUAGAGCCAGAGCUGGGAAGGCGGAAGGUGGAGUUCUUGCGCCGCACGGAUAAAUCAUGUGGUGACCUCUCUGGCAUCGUUCCCUUAGUGAAGCAGAUGCCUGUAUUUCUGACCCAGCACGUUGACAGGGAUCCAGAAAGGAAUCUUUUGAAAGGACGCCGUGGCUUCGUGGAGGACUGGAUUUUGGAUAAGGAGGAGGUGGAAGGAGACCCUACAGCAAAGGAAGUUGUGCUGACCAGGCCGCCAGUGUGCGUGAUUCUAUGCUUCCCUGAAGGGACGUGGAAGCUACCGGGGCUGGAGCCAGGAAGUUAUCCAAUCCAAGUUUGGAAGCAGGAUUGGUACGUUGACCAGAAACAGCGCUAUCCCAAGCUACGCGUAACCAGGAGACAGCUGCCAUUUUGCCCUGGUUUUGCUGGCACGGCGAAUUUUGCGCAAGGUCAAAACUUAGGGAAGGUAUUUGCUGAUGUUAGUAUUGCCGAUGGAACCUCAGGGCAAACUUGUUAUGUGGCACUCUCGCGCGUCAGCAUGCGGCAGGAUAUUUUUUUGUUGAGGGAGUUUCCGCGGGAGAUGUUCAGCAAGGCGGGGAAGGCAAUCCCGGAGUUGCUGUUGCAGCAUUUGAAAAAUGAGCAGAUCGAUUGGGCCAGAGUGACGGAUGACUUGCUGGGGCCGGAGACGCAGUCUCGGUCUGCAGGUUGGCAACCUUGGCUAGAGUGUCACACCUGUGGUUUGAAGCCAGUAGCAGAUUUUGCAGACGUCGAGCUGGAAAGAGGUCGUGACAGGCGGAGCGUUGGCGUGGGAGAAGAGAGGCAGCAGGGUGGGGAGGAAGGCAGCGAAGCGUGCGGGUUGCGAGUUGCGGCAGAGGAAGAGGCGGUCGCUAUGCGGCUGGGAGCAGUGACGAAGGCUGUUGCUGAGAUGGAUCUGGCAGGCCUAGGCCAGUUGGCCACCCAAGAAGCUGUGGACUCCUACAUCGCUUCUGCAGGGGAAGCCUUGGAGACACGAGCCAACCAGGUGCUUCAAGCUUAUGGUUGGCUGGGAGAUGUUCCGCCUGGUGAGAAGCUGAAGGCGAUGGUGACUUGGCCACUUGAAAAGGCAGAAGAAACUCAAGGCCUGGUGUUGAAGAAGUGGGAAAGCAUUUGGGGAAACCUGCCCCCAACGGCACAGCAGCACCUAGACGCAGCCAGCUUCAAGAAAGCAUUUCUCUUGGAUGAAGGGUUCUCGCUGGCCAAAAAGCAUCUGCAGCAAGAGAAAGCAGCAGAAGGGUCUCCAGCAAAGCGCCCCCGGCAGGAUCUGUUGCCAAGCGUUCCUGCAGGGCUGGCAGGACAGACCAUAGAAGAGAUUCUGCAGAAUGGGCGCAGUGCCAACCGCUUGAAGUGCUGGGUCCUGGCAGCAACAGGCUCCCCGCAAGCCCGCAAAACAGGGAGAGGCAAACCAUCCAACAUUGUCAGCAUCCUUGUGAGUGAUGGCAAGAUGGAUGCAGUCAUCACCUGUUGGGGAGAAUGUGCCAAGACUCUACACGAUGGAGCUUCAGGCCGCCAAGGCCAACACAUUGCCUUGGCUCCACUGGGCGCAGGCACUAGGAAUCCUCGAAUGGGUUUGCCAGAGCUGCUGGGCGGACGUGGUUUGACAAUCGAGGUGGUAGCAGAUGGCGAAGAAGAAGGGGUGCCUCCGCCAAGCUUCUUGCCCUUGCAGCAGCUGGCAGAGGUUGGCGAUUGGGCGUCAGUGAACAUCCAGGGCCGUGUGCUAGAAAUCAUGCCUGGGGGUGACUUCAAAGUGGUUGACGAUUGCGGCGUAGCCGUCCGCGUGCACGCGGAAUUGGCACGCCUCCCGCAGCUUCAGGAAGGGCAAAAAGUCGAUCUGCUGCUUGCAACCAAAAGCAGCAGAUUCGCCAACGUCUCCAUCUCGAGCUUCACGGCCAUCCGGCCGGGGGAGCAGCUGGAUCCCGAAGCUGUGGCCCUGCCUUCUCGGGUCAUCUUCGCCUUGUGGAAAGAUUUCCUGUGGUUGCUUACAGCCCUUGAAAGCACCAGCUGCGGCCCGUCUGCGGGAGAGCCUGUGCAGAAGGUGCAUGCAGAAUUCAAGAACAGAUGGAAGACGGGUGCCCUUCGGGGCACGCCUUCGCUGGCGGAGGCCUUGUGCAGAAGCUGGCCAUCGUGGAUCUGGAUGGAGAACAUUGCAGCUGCUGUGUCCAAACGGUUGCGCCGAGCAGACGCAGGUGGCCCAUGGAGGUAUCCGAGGUGGAUCUGGAUGGAGAACAUUGCCGCUGCUGUGUCUAAACGAUUGCACCGAGCAGACGCAGGUCAUGUUGGUUGGAAGAUCUAUGCUUCGCCCAUUCGACUGUUGAUGACAGCGGUCGCAGGUGGAUCUGGAUGGAGAACACAGCAGCUGCUGUGUCCAAACGGUUGCACCGAGCAGACGCAGGUGGCCCAUGGAGGGAUCCGUGGUGCGACACAAACGCACGAACAGGUGACAGCCAUGGCAGCGACACUGCUGCAAGAAUAUACUUGGGAAAUACCCCAAGUACACCGGCGAGCGUCGCGGACAGUGGCUCCGCGUCAGCUGCGGAAGACAAGCAAGGGCCUGGUGGCGGUGAUGAGAUCGCAGAACGUCCUCAAUUCUGAGAAUGCGAAGGAGUGGCUGCAGCAAAUCGACGCUGCGCCACCAGCCCCUAUAGCCUCCGUGUGGACUGAGGUCGAUGCUUGGUUUGUGCAGCGGGGCCACCAGUUUGCCGUGGAAGGGGUGCGUCCCCUUGCCUCGCUGUGGGGGUCGGCAGAAGAGUUACCGCCAAAUCUGGCAGUGUCCUUAGCAAUGCAUGGGCAGCUGGCCUUGCCAGAACAACCGGUGUUCGCAGAAGAAGAAGAAUGGCGUCUGUACCCUUUGAACUUCGCUCCACCAACCCCAACGGCAGCCGCGAACCAAGCCGGGUUGCACAAGUCCGUGCCUCACUGGAACAAAGGAUGGAAGAUCGAAUAUCACGGAUCGAGCCUAUACGGGAUCAGCAGCGCCAUCGCGGUGGGCGAGGUGUUCCCCAGUGAGCCCGAUACUGCGGCCCAUCGCUCUGCUUGUGGAAGAGGCGCCUAUUCCACAGGUUCGUUGAAGAUGGCAGCUCGAUAUGCGAUCACUCACUAUUUUCACGACCCGCUUGCGCCAAUGCAUCCUUGGGUCGUGAAGAUGGUGCUGUUGAUUGGCAUUCCCAGCGACGGGGGUGACUUGCCGGUGGCAGCAUGGGAGCAACAAGACAGAAGUGGCCUCUCGAAGUCCGAGAAGAAGAGAACCCCCGCCUUCAAGCUCACCGAGGACGACGACAGGCUCAGCAAGCGCCAGAUGCGUUCAGAACAAGGAGGACGUGCUCGUGAGAAGGACUGGACCACUGAGGCUUUGGACUACAGUCAAUCCACAAGCGGAAUUGCCUUGGGCGCGGCCAUUACGUUGAGUCUGAAACGGGUGAGAUCCACAGUGGAUGCUUUGGCCUGUCUAUGUGGUGGGAUGGGUUUGGUCGCCACGCUCCCUGGGGCGUACGCCUCGGGGCGCUGGGUGGCCAAUGAGAAGCGAUCCUUCUGCAAGUGGAGCUCAACCUUCAAGGGGCCAGAAGUGGCCAUGUGUGGAACAAAAAGAGGGGCGGUGUGGCCGGGCAGCGAUGCGUUGAGCCCAAUGCAGAAGCAAAGCUGCACGGUACGGUUCUGGAGCUUCCUCCAGAUCGUGAAGCAGUUGCAGCAGAUCUUCCUUGAGUUCCAGGUACGGUUCUGGAGCUUCCUCCAGAUCGUGAAGCAGUUGCAGCAGAUCUUCCUUGAGUUCCAGGUGGCACUCGGAAAGCGCAGCAAAGCAGAGAAAGCAGGCAAGGAACAUGAGACAAGAAAAGGAGACCGCAAGCAUCAGGACAAGAAGAAAGGGAAGCAAAAG